AUGGAGGGAAAUGCAGAGGCCGUUAGCGCUCAGCUGCAGCAGCCAGUAGCAACAAUCCCCGCACCGGCUGCUGCUGAUAGCGAUAGUGGGAGAGUCAGUGGCAGAGCUCCAGCAGCUGAACCUGCGUCGUCUAGACCAGGCAACGACAGCGACAACAACAACAGCAGCAACAGCCGACUUGCUGCGGCGUCGACAACUCCAACAACAUCAGCGUCAGCAUCACCAGCACCACCACCACUGUUUACGUCAGCUUCAGCAACCGCGCCAGCCACAACCAACGCUGCCGCCUCCAGAGCCGAACCCGGACCGGAGCCUGAAUCUGGAUCGACACCUGCAUCUGGCCUCGGAUCACCAUCGCCUGGAUCUGCAUCCCGCAACCGACCCGACACCGGCUGCGACGAGGCUGAAGCCGCAUCUUCAUCUGCAUCUGCAUCUUCGUCGGCGAGUCCUCCCACGCUCGGCAGGCAGCAGCGCCCGACCAGCAUCGCCCUGCCGCCGCCCUUUGUGGCCCCGUCGUCGUAUCUGCGCUUCCACGCCAACUCCCACUCUGGCGGCAUCAUGGCCGAUGCGCCAGACCCCAAACCGCAAUCGCUGAGCCCUCUGGACAAGGAGCAGCGACAAGGCCUGAAUUCCAUCCGAGACUUCCUCCGCAAGCGCACCAGCUACGAUGUGCUGCCGCUGUCCUUCCGCCUCAUUGUGCUCGACACCGACCUGCUCAUCAAGAAGAGCCUCAAUAUCUUGAUCCAAAACUGUAAGCCGCUGCAGAAAUUUCCGCAUCAUAUCUUCUGGCCAGCUUUGAUGCCCCGCGCCCUCCCCCGCGCUAGGCUGGGCUCCGGCAUUGGGCUGGCCGUUGGGUGUCACGAUGCUGACUCUCCUCUAGCCAUUGUGUCUGCCCCUCUAUGGGACUCGCACGCCUCGCGGUUCGCCGGCAUCCUGACCGCGACCGACUACAUCAAUGUGAUUCAGUACCAUUGCCAGUUCCCCGAUGAAAUGAACAAGCUGGACCAAUUCCGCCUGAGCAGCUUACGAGACAUUGAAAAAGCAAUUGGGGCCACCCCCAUUGAAUCUGUUUCUGUCCAUCCUUCGAAACCGCUCUACGAGGCCCUUCGACGCAUGCUCAAGACCCGCGCGCGACGAAUCCCCCUGGUCGACGUCGACGACGAGACUGGCAGAGAAACCGUCAUCUCGGUCAUUACGCAGUAUCGAAUCCUCAAGUUCAUCGCCGUCAACAACGAGCAUAACACCAUUCUACUCAAGAAGACGGUCCGCGAACUCCACCUAGGCACGUACACAGACCUCGCCGUUGCGCGCAUGGCGAGCACAGUGCUCGACGUCAUUGACCUCAUGGUCAACAGGAACAUCAGCUGCGUACCCAUCGUCGACUCCGAAAACAGAGUCCUCAACGCCUUUGAGGCCGUCGACGUCAUUCCUUGCAUCAAAGGGGGCGCUUACGACGACCUGAACGGGACUGUGGGCGAGGCGCUGUGCAAACGGCCGGAAGAUAACCCGGGCAUCUUCACCUGCAGCGAAGACGAUAGGCUGGAUUCUAUCUUUGACACCAUUCGCAAGAGCCGCGUGCAUAGGCUAAUCGUCGUAGACGACGAAAACAAGCUCAAGGGCGUUAUCUCACUUUCCGAUAUCCUCAAGUACGUACUGCUACACGACGAGGAAGACUUCGCAAAGUCAUAG